AAUGUACGACUUUUCAAGAAUGUAAAAAUUAGUGGAUAGAAUGUAAAAACUAUAGCCUGCAAAGCCUCCUCCAGAUACAAGGUUUUUACCUGAAGAAUUAAAGAAGGAAAAGAUUAUUGAGGAUCCAAAUAAAAUAGAAAAAAAAGCUAAAAGAUAACUCCUCAUCAAAAAUUUAAAGGGCUCUGGUGGUUUGAAACCAGUUGAAGAUGAUAGAUUAUUGCUCAUCUAAAAGGAGAAUUACUUGAAGAAAAAGUAAAGGGAAUUAGAGAUGGAAUAAGUAAAAUAGGAAUUAGCAGAACAAAAAAAGUAAGAAAAGUAAAAAUUAGAAAUAGAAACUUAAAGAGCAUUAUAAGUUAUUAAAGGAAAAAAGGAGUAUAAAACACACAAUUUAUAUUAGGAUAUCAUAAGUAGAGAGAGAAGAAAAAAUUAAAAAGCAUAUUGAUAAUGAAUUCUUAAAAAGAAAAUAAAAAGUGAAUAAUUCAAUUUAGAUGUCUUCAAUUGAUGCAUCCUAUGUAUCCUAAAGUUAAAAUUUAAAUAAUUCUUAAAUAAAGAAAUAAAUAUUAGAUUAUCACACACUUCCUAAAGAGCAAUAUAAUCGCAUUUAUCGUUAACCAGCUGUAAGUCCCCCGAAAUGAA